CUGAAGAGAACAUAAACGCGAAAGCAAGUGGAGCGACUGUGGAACCAGCAGUUCUUGCACGUGAUAAUGCUGCUUCCAGAAAAGAAGAAACAGGAUCGGUGUCAACUGUUCCAGUUGCAGCACGCGUCCACCCGCAACACGACAACGACGAUGAUACACCUACCCGCGUGCUCUUUAUCACAGGAAAAAGAAGUAGUGUGAUGACGUUUUUGAUGGAACACUGAAAGUGUAAGUGAUGAAACAUGGUGUCGUGCUGCGUAGCAUGCAAGCUCGCCAAAGUUUGUCAUGCGUCGUGACGUCGCCAAGCUGUGAUCGAGAAAGCCAAAGCCGUUGACGUCAGCACUGACUUUUUUGCUUAAUCCUCUUCCGCGCAGCAGACGCGGAACAGGCGGGAGAAAGCAGUUGCUCUGCUUCCGCGACCGGCUCAGCUGCGACCUCCUGCACGACCAUGGAAAAGAACCAAGAAAUCAUUCCACGACCCGCUGCUAGCCAUGACACCGCGCCCCCGCCCGGCGGGGAAGAAAAAUUCCAGGUCUCUUCCUUCGCUGAGUGGGUGCGGCAACAGGAGGAGAUGGAAAAGAAAGCGGAAAACGACAGCAGUGAUCCUUUCGCUGUUCCAAAAUACGAAUCGCCCCAGUCGAAAUUACACCGCAGACCUUAUGUCUUCACUCUGAAGCGCGACCGAUCUGAAGCGCGACGGAGUGUGUCGAGUUGUAAAAACUUGCAGAAAAACGAUUCUGGUUGUUCAACGUCUGGCACCAGGGGACAACACCUUGUAGACGCUGCUAAUGGAGAUGGUCCUCGCGGACGUCAAAGGACGGCGACAGGCGGCCUAUCCUUUGCAAAAGUAUUGUUUUACUGGUGUAAGUCUGGAAGUGCUAGCUUUGCAUAUGACAGCUAUACUACAACUUAUUUACCUGCACAUGUGCCAUGAGAAAUUGCUUUUCUUCUUUCGAAAAAAAUUGUCAUGCGACGUUCACUUUUUCUAACUAAAGCGCGACGCAGCUUUUGCAACGCAUACAGCCAGUCG